CCGACGACGCGAUUCAUUUUCAUCAUGUGCUCACUUCUGAGUUUGUGGCGGCGUGCGCCAAAAUUGGGAUGCGCGCGAGGGCUUGAACGCAGCGCGGCGUGGAGGUCAAGCUUGAUCCAGCGGUGUCGGCGGCUGCACGUGGACCAGCCUCCGUGCCGGCCGUCGCUGACCACCAGCUACGUCCACGGCACGUCCGCCGUCUCGCUGCUCUCAGCGACGGUGGGCCAGAGCCUGGAGGCCGCCGCCCGGCGCUGGCCCCAGCGUGAAGCCGUGGUCUUCCUGCAGGACGGCGUCAGGAAAACCUUCGAGGCCUUCCAGCGGGACGUCGACCAGGUGGCGGCGGGGCUGCUGGCUGUGGGCCUGCAGCGAGGGGACCGUCUGGCCCUCUGGGGGCCCAACACGUACGACUGGAUCCUCUUCCAGUUUGCCACAGCCAAGGCGGGAAUCAUUCAGGUGUCGCUCAACCCGGCCUAUCAACUCAAAGAAGUGGAGCUCACGCUCAAAAAGGUGCAGUGCAAGGCGGUGGUCUGUCCCAGCAGCUUUAAGACGCAAAAGUUCUGCGAGAUUCUCCGGCAGAUCUGCCCGGAGAUCGACACGUCGCCGCCAGGGGGCGUCCGAAGCGCCAGGUUGCCGGAUCUGCGCAUGGUGAUCGUGACGGACACCCGGGAGGCGGGCACGCUGCACGUCGACGACGUCAUGCGAGCGGCGGAGAGUCGUCACCGGCGGCGGCUGAGCGAGCUUCACGGCGAGCUGUCGUGCGACGACGCCAUCAACAUUCAGUUCACCUCGGGGACCACUGGCAACCCCAAGGGGGUCACCCUCUCCCAUCACAACGUGGUCAAUAACGCCUACUUCCUGGGGCUCCGAGCGGGUUACGACUGGAGGCCUCGGGUGCGAGUGUGCAUGCCGGUGCCCUUGUACCACUGCUUCGGGUCUGUGGUGGGCAGCAUGUGCAUGGCCCUGCACGGCAUCACGCUGGUCUUUCCGUCCGCCGCCUACGACAGCCGAGCCAACCUGGAGGCCGUUCACGAGGAAAAGUGCACUUUCAUCUACGGCACUCCCACCAUGUUCACGGACCUCCUGGGCCGCGAGGACCUGGAAAAGUACGAUUUGUCCUCGAUGGAAGGCGGCAUCAUGGCGGCUUCGCCGUGCGCCCCCGAGCUGGUGGCCAACGUCAGGGACAAGUUGAACAUGAAAGAGAUCAUGAUCGGCUACGGCACCACGGAGAACAGCCCCCUCACCUUCUUGGGCUUCCCGCUGGACAACGACCAGCUCAAGCUCAACACGGUGGGCUGCGUCAUGCACCACGUCGAGGCCAAGGUGGCGGACGCGGACACGGGCGAGACGGUCCCGCUGGGCGCCGCCGGGGAGCUGCUGAUCCGCGGCACCUGCGUCAUGCUCGGCUACUGGGACGAGCCCGAAAAGACCCGAGAGGUCAUCGGCCCGGAUCGCUGGUACAGGACCGGGGACGUGGCCCGCCUCAACGCGCUGGGCUACUGCUCCGUCCAAGGUCGCAUCAAGGACAUGAUCAUCCGGGGGGGCGAGAACAUCUACCCCGCCGAGAUCGAGAGCUUUCUCCACACCAACCCCAAAGUGCAGGAGGUGCAGGUGGUCGGCGUGAAAGACGAGCGCCUCGGGGAGCAGGUGUGCGCUUGCAUCAGGCUCAAGGAAGGACAAAGGAGCACGGCGGACGAGAUCAGAACAUUCUGCAAAGGCCAGAUUUCGCACUUCAAAAUCCCUCACUACGUGGUGUUUGUGGACAGCUACCCGCUGACGGCCACCAGAAAGAUCAAGAAGAACGUAUUGAAGGUGGACAUGGAGAAGCAUCUCGGCCUGUAGAGGAAAGCGGGAGCACGCUUGACGGGCUGACAGAAGGACACGCCACGCCAUCGCUCAUGUCAACCUUUAUUCAUUCAAACCAAGUUAAGACGGAGCCUUCAGAGGCUCCGACCGCCGCACAAACUUGGCAACAA